GAAGCCUGAGAGAACAACAACUUGUUUAUGGAAGGAGAGACGACGGCAUGCUAGCCAAGUUUGAAAACCUACAUCGAGGGAACGUGUAUUAUUAUUAUUUGUGAAACACCCUCGCUUCCGAGUCAAACAGUCGAGAUGGUGUCUUAUAAGAGACUGAGUCCAGAGGAUGUCCAAUUCUCCAACGCUGCUGCUUCAGAGGAGGCUCCUGUACAGGAGAUGGCGGAGGUGAAGGACCCAGAGGAGACAGAGCGCCCCCUGCUGCCUCGGAGGCCCUCCUGUUCUGCCACCACGGCCCUCAUCUCCCUGGGCUCCCUGCUGCUCCUGGUCUGUGGCCUCUGGCUUCUGGUGACCAUCUUCUGGCUCCAAGCCCCGUCCAACAGCGUCCCCCACAGGGCCCCGCCGCCCAGAGGCUCCCCAGGGACGGGUGGGGGAGACGGGGGUAGAGCCCUACCAGAGCCCCAGGCUUGUGGAGUGGUCCCAGAGGCCUGGAGGUUUGACUGCUACCCAGAGAGAGGGGUGGUGGUGACCAGGGAGUUGUGUGAGGCGAGGAACUGUUGCUUCAUCCCUGCCUCCUCCUCCUCCUCUGCCCCGGGGAGGAAUGGUGUUCCCUGGUGUUUCUACCCUCCUGGGUUCCCCUCCUACUCCCUGGUGUCUGUUAACGCCACAGAGUUGGGUCAGACGGGAACUCUGGUGAAGACGGUGAAGACCUACUACCCUAAAGACAUUCUGACCCUACAGCUGGAGCUCCUCUAUGAGACAGACCACAGGCUCCGAGUCAGGAUCACCGACCCGUCUGAGUCGCGGUUCGCGGUGCCAAUCGCCGUGCCCAAGGCCACAGAGAAGGCCUCUAGUCCCGCCUACUCUGUGGAGCUGUCCAAUGAGCCGUUUGGCAUCAUCGUUAAGAGAACUUCCACAGGAGCUGUGCUCCUCAACACCACGGUAGCGCCUCUGUUUUACUGUGACCAGUUCCUCCAGCUGUCCAGCAGUCUGUCCAGUCAGUACAUCUAUGGGCUGGGAGAACACCGCUCCUCCUUCCUACACGACAUCCACUGGAACACUCUCACCAUGUGGGCUAGAGACGUACCUCCCACGGUAAUGACUAACACUGACAUCCACUGGAACACUCUCACCAUGUGGGCUAGAGACGUACCUCCCACGGUAAUGACUAACACUGACAUGCACUGGAACACUCUCACCAUGUGGGCUAGAGACGUACCUCCCACGGUAAUGACUAACACUGACAUCCACUGGAACACUCUCACCAUGUGGGCUAGAGACGUACCUCCCACGGUAAUGACUAACACUGACAUCCACUGGAACACUCUCACCAUGUGGGCUAGAGACGUACCUCCCACGGUAAUGACUAACACUGACAUCCACUGGAACACUCUCACCAUGUGGGCUAGAGACGUACCUCCCACGGUAAUGACUAACACUGACAUCCACUGGAACACUCUCACCAUGUGGGCUAGAGACGUACCUCCCACGGUAAUGACUAACACUGACAUCCACUGGAACACUCUCACCAUGUGGGCUAGAGACGUACCUCCCACGGUAAUGACUAACACUGACAUCCACUGGAACACUCUCACCAUGUGGGCUAGAGACGUACCUCCCACGGUAAUGACUAACACUGACAUCCACUGGAACACUCUCACCAUGUGGGCUAGAGACGUACCUCCCACGGUAAUGACUAACACUGACAUCCACUGGAACAUUCUCACCAUGUGGGCUAGAGACGUACCUCCCACGGUAAUGACUAACACUGACAUCCACUGGAACACUCUCACCAUGUGGGCUAGAGACGUACCUCCCACGGUAAUGACUAACACUGACAUCCACUGGAACACUCUCACCAUGUGGGCUAGAGACGUACCUCCCACGGUAAUGACUAACACUGACAUCCACUGGAACACUCUCACCAUGUGGGCUAGAGACGUACCUCCCACGGUAAUGACUAACACUGACAUCCACUGGAACACUCUCACCAUGUGGGCUAGAGACGUACCUCCCACGGUAAUGACUAACACUGACAUCCACUGGAACACUCUCACCAUGUGGGCUAGAGACGUACCUCCCACGGUAAUGACUAACACUGACAUCCACUGGAACACUCUCACCAUGUGGGCUAGAGACGUACCUCCCACGCUCUCGUUCUCUCCCACCUCUCGUUCUCUCUCACCACUCGUUCUCUCCCACCUCUCGUUCUCUCUAGGUAUAUUAGGAGGGUUGUUGAGGGCUAAGACUCUGUGUGCCUCUGCUGUCCAGAAGACCUCGUCUCACUACAACAUGCACAGCCUGUAUGGACUUCUAGAAGCUAAGGCUUCGGCAUGGGCCCUGAAGCGUAUGUUGGGGAAGAGAGCGUUCGUGAUCUCUCGCUCCACCUUCCCCAGUCAAGGCCAAUACUCUGGACACUGGCUAGGAGACAACAGGAGUCACUGGAAAGACAUGUACACCUCGAUAGCAGGUAUGUUAACCUUUAACCUCCUGGGUGUCCCACUGGUGGGGGCUGAUGUCUGUGGCUUCAGUGAGCAGACUGAGGAGGAGCUGUGUGUUCGCUGGACUCAGCUAGGAGCCUUCUACCCUUUCACACGCAACCACAACGCUAUCGACCAGAAGCCCCAGGACCCUCCAGUGUUCAGCCCUCGAGCCCGUUCAGCCAUGAAACAGUCUCUCCUGCUACGCUACUCUCUCUUCCCUCUGCUCUACACACUGUUCCACCGCGCACACACACACGGACACACCGUCGCUCGCCCUCUGCUGUUCGAGUUCCCCAAGGACGUGAGAACGUAUGGGAUAGACAGACAGUUCCUAUGGGGGAAGAGUUUGAUGGUGACACCCGUAUUAGAUCCAGGUGUGGACUAUGUUGUGGGCUACUUCCCUCAAGGUCUCUGGUACGACUACUAUACAGGUGAUUCUAUCCGUAGUAAAGGAGAAGAGUUGAGGCUCAAGGCUCCUCUAGAGCACAUCAACCUUCACCUGAGAGAAGGAGCUGUCGUACCUACACAGCGUCCCAACACAACCCUGUUUGUGAGCAGUGGUCAGCCGCUCCACCUCGUGUCCAGUCUGUCUGAAGACGGCUCGGCCGGAGGAGAGCUAUUCUGGGACGACGGAGAGAGCAUCGACACCUUGGAGACCGACCAGUACGCUCACAUAGUGUUCACUGUGGUGAAGAACACGAUGACAUCGGAGGUGCUGCACGACCACGUGGAGGCUUCCUACAUCACCGUGGAAACAGCCUCCUUCUACGGCGUGAAGGCGGAGCCUACCAGGGUCACGGUCAACUCCCAGGAUGCUGCAUUCAGCUACAGAGCCAAUCAGGUGUUGACUGUAACAGACCUAGGACUGAAUCUCAGCCAGAACUUCACCAUCAGUUGGAUCUAACAGGUUUUCCCAAAAAUGGGAAUUCUGACCUUUUGGAAUGUUGAUGGUUUCCCUGACGGUCUCUACUGCUUUACUCCCCAUGUCUGUGUCCCAAAUGGCACCCUAUUCCCUAUAUAGUGCACUACUAAUGACCAGGGCCCUUGUGUAUAGGGUGCCAUUUGAGACAGGUAUGGUCUCUGUGAAGCUUUAUAGUGGUGGUGAUGACAGUAUUUAUUUUAGCUGAUUUUAUGGUAUAAACAUCUAUGAAAAAUGACAUUUUAUAUAGUAUUUAACUGAUAAAUGUCUAUAAUAAUGCCUCCACCACACAGUGUAACCAGCCCACAGUACAGCCAGACCCGGUUACCGGGAUUUACCUCCCAAAACCACUCCCUUUUCCCGGGAUUAAUAACAUUGAGACACUGAUAAAUGGUGUUAAAUGAUAUGCCCUGUCUGAAUCUGGCUUCUCUACGGCCUCUGCAUAAUGAAUCAGCGAUCGGGGUGGGGGACAGACGGGCCGUCUCGGGGUGGGGGACAGA